AAUAAACUGUUCGAAAGUUUCAAAUUCGAAUAGUGAGUUAUUGUUAAAUGAAAAAUUACGUAAUAUGACUGAAACUGAACAAACGGAACGUUCUCGAUGAAUAAUUCUGAUUUUCCGUCCAACUCUCCUCCUUGUGUUUACCUUCGUCAGAUUAGCCGCUUUGUUUAUAUUUUACGAUUGCCGUAUAUCCUUUGAAGAAGAUAUUGUGCUAGUAAUUGUCAACAAUAAAGAUUAUCAACUAUCUAAAAGUUUUGGAUUUAAUCUUCAAUUUAUUCUCUUAAUUCUUUAUUUCUCUUAUCGACUUCUGAUAAUAAGUUGUAGCGGAAGAUGAUUUUAGGGGGUGGACGAUUGUGAAAAAUUAAGUUUUGUUUUUUUAUUUUAAGAAAGAAUGGAUGGUGUUUGCGAAUCAAAAUUUUGGGAUCCCUCCUUAACAUGGAACACUACAGUACCACUUUUUACACCAUGUUUCCUAAAAGUUGGUUUAAUAUGGGCGCCAGUCGCAUUUUUUUGGCUGUUCAUUCCCUUAGAAAUUUAUUUUAUCUCAAAAACAAAAAAGAAAUCAAUACCAUGGUCUGUUCUCAACAUUUCAAAAUUGGUGAUAAUUUUUUUAAUGAUGGCUCUCACAAUUGGUGACAUGUCUUAUCAAAUGGUUCAAUUUUCAAAGACAGGCCAUGUUGCACCUUUUGAGUAUUACACACCAUUUCUUCUUUUUCUGACACUGGCUGUGAAUGCUUUUGUAACACUAUAUCAACGAAAAAAAGGAAGGAUUACUUCUGCCGUAUUAUCACUGUUUUGGCUUUUUGCUUGCAUUGGAACUGCUGUUGGUUAUUACACUUCAUUACAAAAGCUGUAUAAUGAGAAUCUUAAUUUUGAUGCAGAGUUUGAACAGUAUCCUUUUACAAUGUAUGUGCUGUACUUUGCCUUUUCGUUUACUCUAUUCGUGUUUCAUGGCUUUGCAGAUCUGAAGGAAAAAACUAGCGAAAGAGAAUCUCCUGAGGAAAGGGCAUCUUUUUGGUCUAAAAUAACCUUCUUUUGGUUUAAUCCCAUGGCUGCUUUAGGCUACAGGAAACCUUUGACUGCAGAUGAUAUGUGGGAUCUUCCAGAAGAAAAUACUUCUAAGUACUUACAAGCAGAAUUUGACAAAUAUUGGCUACCUUUGGUUAAUAAAGUCUUAAAUCAUCAAAAAAAAGUAAAGACACAACUCUCUAGAAGAUAUUCAGAAAUGCCCACUGAUGACAAUGAGUGCAAAGUGACUAUUUCACCUGAUGAAUUGGAUAAAGAAUUACCAAAACUCAGUAUUUUAAAACCUAUUCUUAAAGUAUUUGGAUGGCAGCUGUUUUUUACAGGAUCAUUGAAAUUCAUUUCUAGUCUUAUCACAUUUGUGAAUCCUUUAAUUUUGGAUAAAGUUAUUGCCUUUGUUGGAAGCAAUGAUCCUUAUUGGAUGGGAGUGGUGUAUGCUCUUGGAAUGUUUUUCUCCUCAAUGCUGGAAUCUUUUUUGAACGGUCAAUAUGAAUACAGAAUUUAUAUCAUAGCCAUGAGAAUAAGAUCCUGUGUUAUUUCAGUUGUAUAUAAAAAGGCUUUGACUCUUUCAAACUCGGCCAGGAAGAAUUUCACUGUGGGUGAAGUAGUAAAUUUGAUGUCUGUUGAUACCCAAAGAGUGAUGGAUUAUGUUCAGAUGGUUAACUAUCUGUGGUCUGCUCCCCUUCAAAUUGGAGUCGCUAUAUAUCUCUUAUGGCAACAAUUAGGAAUUGCUACUUUAGGUGGCUUAAGUGUAAUGAUACUCAUGAUACCUCUCAAUGGCGUUAUUAGUGUUUUCAUUCGAAACUUUCAAGUAAGAUUGAUGAAGGAAAAGGAUAUAAGAACUAAAUUAAUGAAUGAGAUUAUGAAUGGUAUUAAAGUUCUGAAAUUGUAUGCAUGGGAAAAUUCUUUCAUUAAAGAAGUGAUGAAGAUAAGAAACAGAGAAGUAGAUAGCUUGAGGGCGCAAGCUUAUUUGAACGCUGCCAUCACUUUUGCAUUUACAGCUGCUCCAUUUCUAGUAUCUCUGGCUAGCUUUACUACGUAUGUUUUGAUUGAUUCCAAUAAUGUAUUAGAUGCUAAUAAGGCUUUUGUUUCUCUGUCAUUAUUCAACAUUCUUCGGCUUCCAACAGCUUUUCUCCCCAUGAUUAUCACAUAUACUGCUAUGUUUGUAGUAUCCCUGAAAAGAAUAAACAAGUACUUACAAGGUGAUGAAUUGGAUAAGAGUAUUAUUGAACACAAUCAAUCUGAAAGGGAUGCUGUUGUUAUUGAGAAUGGCACAUUUUCUUGGACAAAGUCUGAUCCUCCCACCCUCACUAAUUUGAACUUAAGUGUGAAAGAAGGAUCAUUGGUUGCUGUUGUUGGACAGGUUGGUGCAGGAAAAUCUUCACUUCUGUCUGCUUUACUUGGUGACAUGGUUAAGUGGUGUGGAAGAAUAAAUGUAAAAGGAAGUGUUGCAUAUGUGCCACAGCAAGCCUGGAUUCAAAAUGCCACCCUUAGAAAGAAUGUUCUUUUUACUAAGCGAUAUGAUGAGCCAUGGUAUAAACGUGUAUUGGAGGCUUGUGCUCUUUCUCAAGAUUUAGAAAUUUUGCCAGGAGGGGAUCAAACUGAGAUUGGAGAAAAAGGUAUCAAUCUCAGUGGUGGACAGAAACAAAGAGUAAGCUUAGCGAGAGCUGUCUAUAAUGAUGCUGACAUAUAUUACUUGGAUGAUCCACUCAGUGCUGUUGAUGCUCAUGUUGGGAAACAUAUAUUUGAGCAGGUUAUUGGACCAAAAGGAGUUCUUAAGAAAAAGUGUGUUUUCAGACAACUGUCAAAACUAAGUGAUGGAACUGAUUCAGAUACAGCUAGUCCUGCAAAAUCUGAAAGGUCUCCUUCAGUAAUAGGAUCUGAAGAUGGUCUGCGUAAAAGAGCUAAAAGUUGGAAAGAUUCUUAUCAUCGGAGAGCCAGUAAAAAAUCUGCUGUAGAAAAGCCUAAAACUGGAACCAGGCUCACAGAAAAGGAAGGAAUGGAAGUUGGAUCAGUUAAAGCAUCUGUGUAUGUUGAUUACAUGAAAUCUUAUGGUUACUGGAACACAUUCUGGACAAUUUUGAGUUACACUUUGUGUACAGCAUUCAGUCUUGGAUCUAGUUUAUGGCUUUCUGCAUGGAGUGCAGAUGCUACUGACCCUGUGAAAAGUGCCGAUACAAAAUUACGUGAUUUACGUUUAGGUGUUUAUGGUGGACUGGGUUUUGGUGAAAUUGUUUUCACUAUAGUGACUGCCGUUCUCAUGAACCUUGCUUGUCUUCGAGCCUCAACAAUUCUUCACAAUGUCAUGCUGAAUCACAUAAUGCAUGCACCGAUGUCAUUUUUUGACACAACUCCUUUAGGAAGACUAUUAAACAGGUUCUCUAAAGACAUUGAUACAGCUGAUGUCACGAUUCGAUUCAACAUAAGAAUUCUACUUAUUAUGUCAUUCAGAACUUUAGGUGCAAUCAUCAUAAUUUGCUUGGAAACACCAAUAUUUAUUGUGGCUGCAAUUCCUCUUGGUAUUUUAUAUUAUUUCCUACAGAAAUUCUACAUACCAACUUCUCGGCAGCUAAAGAGAUUAGAGUCGACCACUCGUUCUCCUGUUUAUUCCCAUUUUUCAGAAACUGUUACCGGUGCCACUUCUAUUAGAGCUUUUAGAGCAGAUCAGCAGUUUAUGACCCAUUCAAACAACCUAGUAGAUAUUAAUAAUGAAUCCUAUUAUCCUAGUCUUGGAGCUAGCAGGUGGUUGGCUAUUCAUUUAGAGUUUCUUGGAUAUACAGUUGUUUUCUUAGCUGCUCUUUUUGCUAUUUUGGCAAGAGAUACUUUGAGUCCAGGAAUAGCUGGGUUAUCAGUCAGCUAUGCGCUGCAGAUGACUGGCCAAUUAAACAUGCUUGUUAGGGCCACAGCUGAUGUUGAGACUAACAUUGUUUCUGUUGAGAGAUGUUUAGAAUAUACCAAAACUCCAGUAGAAGCUGAUUGGACAAAUGAAAAAAAUAAACCUGAUCCAUCAUGGCCUUCAGAUGGUAAUAUUAAGUUUGAACAGUAUGCCACGAGAUACAGAGAAGGAUUGGAAUUAGUUUUAAAAGGAAUUUCAUGCAACAUUAAUCCAUCUGAAAGGUGUGGCAUUGUAGGGCGAACAGGUGCAGGAAAAUCAUCCUUGACUCUAGCUUUGUUUCGCAUUGUUGAGGCUGCUGGUGGAAAAAUUCUUAUUGAUGGAGUAGAAAUUGCAAAACUUGGCCUCCAUGACUUGCGUUCUAAGUUGACAAUCAUUCCUCAGGAUCCAGUUCUUUUUACUGGUACAAUGAGAACAAAUCUUGAUCCAUUUGGCUCCUAUAGUGAUGAUGCUUUAUGGUUAGCUUUAGAACAAGCACAUCUGAAAGAUUUUGUUAGAUCUCUUGAAACAGGCUUAGAUCACGAAAUUUCAGAAGGUGGAGAAAAUUUAAGUGUUGGUCAAAGGCAGUUAGUGUGCUUGGCCAGAGCAUUGCUACGUAAAAGCAGAGUUCUUGUUCUUGAUGAAGCAACUGCAGCUGUUGAUGUUGAAACAGAUGAGCUCAUACAAUCUACUAUCCGUACAAAAUUUACUGACUGCACAGUUUUAACCAUUGCACAUAGACUAAACACUAUCAUGGAUUAUGACAAGGUUAUUGUAUUAAGUAAAGGAGAAAUUGUAGAAAUGGAUUCACCAGAAAACCUUCUUAAAAAUGAGAAUUCUAUAUUCUAUAGUAUGGCAAAAGAUGCUGGACUUGUUUAAUUGAAAAAAAAAACUCUCUUUAUGUACAUUGUGAUACUUCUAUAUUUAAAUAAAUUUUACAUCUAAACAGGCAAUAAGUCACCUAAGAUGCCUGUAAUGCUGCUAUACAGUAUUUCAUCUGCUUUUGUGAAUGUAUGUGAAAAAUUUAAAAUUGUACAAAUACUUUGACUGGUCACAUUUUACACAGAGCUGAUUUUGACUUUUUUAAAACUUACGGUUCUUAAAGACUUUUCUAAAUAAAAAUAAACAUUUAUUUCCCAGUUGUAUAAUAUUUAUCUUUUUACAUGAUGUAUAAACUGAAUGAGUUCGAUCUAGUUUAAAAAAUUAGACAAAAGGAAAUCAAAAUAUUUUUGUAAGAUCUAAAUAUUUUUGUAUUUUCGAACAUAAGUAUUUUGAAAGGAAAACUUUUAAGUUCUCUUUAGAUGUAUUUAAAUUAUUCCUUAUCGACUACUUAUUUACUUUUUUUUUCAAUAUGUAAAUAGCUUUUUAUUUUUAAAAAAAAAUAUUUGAAACUCUUUCAAACUUGUUUAAUUUGUGACUAGAAAUAUAUUUGAGUAUAUUUGUGACUAGAAAUAUAUUUGAGUAUAUUUUGUUUUAUUCUUACUAUUUUUUGAAGAAAAUCGUUGGUUUUUGACUCUAGUUGUUGAAUUUUAUGAAGUUUUAGAUGUAUAAGCGGUCAUUUGCACUUAGAUUUAAUAUAUAUCCUAACUUAAUAUUAAUUAGCUAGCUAACUCCUAGCUUUAUUUGAUGUCAGAGUCUGCCUCUUGCAGCUUACUUAGACUCAGUGCCAAAUACUGUUGUUAGAAUGAUAUAAUUAACAGUUAUAGUAAAUAUUUAUUGUGUACAGUAUUGAAAUUCAACUUUUGGAAAUUUAAUAAUUAUUAUUAUAUUAAGUUGAACAAUUUACUUACUUAGAUUCUUAAAUUAUAUGAUUAAUACUAUUACAAUUUUAUGUAAAAACAUGCAUAUAAUUCAAAGUUACUCAAAAUUAAACUACUUAAAAUUGCUUUUUUUUUCAAUGCAAAGUUUAUUUAAAAUUUAUGAAACCAUGUGAAGAAUUUACUAAUGUAGAAUUUAAAACUUUAAAUCAAAGAGAAAGAAUAAAGUAGUUUAAACCCUUUGCCUUCCUUAUUCUAAUGCUUUCCAAACUUUAGCUGAUUGCUUUACAGCUAUACAAACUUGUUUCUCCAAACUAUGAGAUAGAAGUGCUUAGUAGAGAAAAUCUGUAGCUAGUCAUAAUGUUUGAAGAAUUGUUUUGAAAAAUAUUUGUUAUAAAUAAAUUUAACUGAAAAAAAAAUUUAUUAGAAAGAUCUUUCUCUCUUUUUAAUUUCGGCAAAUUGUUAUCCUAAUUCCACCUUGUUUUUUAAUAAUGUAAAUGUACUUCAUAUUGUAUGGUUGCACAACCUUUUUGAAGAAAGAAAAAAAGACCACAAAUAAAAAUGUGGAAAACUUUUAGUUUUUUAAACUUUAAAUAAGUACCUCUACAUUUUGAGAGACUUUAAGCAAAUAAUUCAAUUUUUUUUUCUAAUUUUAUUGAAAUUAGUUUUAAAAAUAGUUAUAAAAUUUUUUAUAUAACUUUUUCAUGGUUGCUACUCGAUGGAGAGAAUAGGGAAAACCUGGAAAAUAAGGCAAUUUAAAAAUCAUCUGCAAUAACAGAAAAUAUGCAGGGAAUUUUUAAUUUUUCCUUGCAAACUAGGAAAAUUACAGGGAACUUUAUUUCUUAUUUUUGUUUUUUAAAAAAUGCCUACCUUUCAAAGUGCAAUCUAUGGGGUAUUGCUCAGCUUUGCUAUCUCAUUUUUAUAGUAUUAUUUGUUAUAUGUAUGUUGAGAUGUUUCUUAUUUCUCUAAGUUUUCUUAAAGCUAGUAUAGUUAUCCUAAUAUAGCUCACACAAGAUCACAGUAAUUGUGGGUUUCCUCUUAAUAUAUUGUGUGUAGGAAAAUCACAUGGAAUUUUUUUGGCCAGAUUUGAGUGGCAACCCUGUUUUUAUAAGUUAAUAUUUUGCUGCCAGUUAGGGUCUGCACAUUAAUCACUUGAGGGCUGCAGGUUUUACACCCCAAUUGUAUUAUGCAUUGUAUUAUGAAACUAUAGUUUUUAUAUAUGUGUGCUAGUUAUAACUGUUAAAAGUUAUGUUGCAGUUAAAUGUUAAAAUUUUCUCAUUUGCAGUUUUGCAUUUCUUUCAGUGCCUGAAGCUACAAAGCUCACUUAAAAAAACAAUACAUCGCUCAAUAACAUAAUGUUAUUUUCUUGUGAUUUAUUAUAGACUGUUUCAUUUUAUAAGGGACUUAAAUGAUCAUUUUAUGUCUUGUAAAUAUCGUAUUAAAUUUUAUUUAUGCUUUGGACUGUGUUAUUUUUUUUUUUUUUUAAAGUUUAUUUUAAAUGUAAUUUAAAUGUGUACAUAUUGUCCAUUUUAGGCAGAUAUUUUUUAGAAUUUUGUAAGUUAUACUUAAAAUUUUUAGUUUGUACUUUAUUAAGCAUUAAUAUAUUUGUUUAAAAAACUGUAUUUAAAUCCAUCCAUCAAUUUUUCUCAAACUGCGUGGCUUAAAGGCGAAUUAUUUCAGUAUUGUUUUGUAAUUUUUGUAAAUUCAAAUAAAAAAUUUUUUAUUAGAA